AUGCGCAGGCAAUCCUCGGUGGCCUCGCUUCUCUACGCUCACCUGUUUCCCAACCCAGGUCCUUCGGAUCCUCCAAACUUCCAAACCCAUCUUGCGCGCGACCUGAUCCCCGAGAUUCGUAUAGAGACGGCGACCUUCUACGGCAGUCUUGACAGCAUCGAGGCUCGAUAUCCCGGCCUGAACUAUUGCCAUGGCCCACACCGCAUGCGCCUCGGUCGCUUCCCCCACCACGCCCGUCUGUUCGCCGGCAUCGACGACCUGCGCAUUACCGACCAAGAAGUCAUGGAUCUAGUGAGAUGGGAAGGUACUCUGUGGGCACGCCAGAGGUUUGAAAGAGACGAGAACAUCAAGGUCAGAGACACAACGGGUGACGGUAUUGCCGACUGGAUUGAUCCCCGCACCCAGCCAAUCCAGAAGGGCUUGAUCCGCGUCCAGACCCAUGUCGAAAUCACAGAGGGCAGGCAUCCUGUCGACAUGCUCGUCGACGACUGUGCCCGAGAAGACAACAUAGACCAGGCACUGGAACAGGACCUUCGUGACGCCCAACAUGACCUUGAUGAUGACGAUGAAGACGACGAUGCUGACGAUGAUGACGAUGAGGACGACGUGGGAGAGAACAUACAGAGCAUCGGCCACGAGCUGAAUCGCCGUCUCCUUGCUGCCAUUGCCGCCAGACAGCAAGGUCUGAACUUUGAGAUGGACCCGGAAUUCGAAGCCUAUCUGAAAGAGCUGGUCGAAAGUGGUCACCUGUUGGCCACAUCGCGGCCUGUUGAUGGGCCCAUGACUCACUCUGAUGUCUUGUCACCCAUAUCCGAUCUCACCACGGUAUCCGUCAUUCCCCCUGCAGUCUCCGCCUCUACUGUCACCGCCGUCCGGCGGCCAACCGUGUGA